AUGUUUCUUUUACGGAUUGCAGAAGCUCUUGUAACAAGUGAAGAAUCUCAUUUGACAUUGUCUAAUAAUUAUGGAAAAGAAAGCACUGAUUGUGAACACAGCACGCACCAGUUGGGAAAGAAACUGUCUUCAGAAAACAAUAGGUUAUUAUCUUCACCUCAAACACCCGAUGCCACUCUCACCAAUCAACCGGUGCUGGAAGGGAGUGAAAAGUUAUCCCGGAUUCAUUUAAAUUCUUCAGUUGAUUCAUCUAUAUCUAGUCCCACUUCUCUUAAUACACUAUCUGCUCAAUCAGUAAAUUCCUCUAGGAUUAGUCCUUACCUACCUGCUUCUUUGAACCCGGUAAAAUGUAAUGAUGUUCAUUCUUCAAAGCAGGUUCAUCAGGGAUUAUUAUAUAAUUUGCUCAUUUCCAAAGAAAAUUCUUCACAAAAUUCAACAUCAUCUAAAAAUUCACUUUCUACUUCUCCCGGUCAAUCAACAAUAGAAAAUAAUGAAAGAUUGAGUGAUGUACGAAUAGACAGUCCUAUUUCAAACUCUCCAGUGUCAUCCUCCUCCUUCAUGAAUCCUCAUCACCUGGAUACAAAUAAUUAUUCUACCUCAGUUAGGAAUUCAACAGCCUAUUCUAAUUUUCGUCAUCGAGCAAACUCUCUUGGAUGUAAACUUUCCAGUAGUCGUCCGUAUACUCGACCCCAUGCUUCAUCUGUUGGUUCUGCUUCCGAUUUUUAUCCCAGUCUCAAAGCUCGUUUACAACAUCGUCGUCACUUGGAAGGGUCGACAUCAGAUUCACCAUUUUCGAAACCUAAAGGUACUCUGUAUCAUAGAAUGCUUUCGAAAUCACAAGAGAGUGCGGUGAAUAAUUCAUAUAUUGAUAUUCAUUCACAUAGUUUGAGUUCUAUUUCUUCAUCUGGUAUAUCUAGUCCCCGAUUAAAUCAGCAAAGUUUAUCAGCGCAAUCUAGACUAAUGGGUCAUUCAUCCGAUGUGAAAAGUGAAAAAAGUUCAGGAUUUGGUUCAUUUGGCUUACAACAGUCUCCGCAAACUUCAUCCCUUUCAAAUGAUUCCGGUUCUGAUGAGCCAAUCGAUCUCACUGGUUAUUCUGUACCUAUAUCACCAAUUAUUACUUCAUUUUCUUUACCUACUACUACUACUCUACUACACCCGUUAGCCAAAAAAACUGCUCGUCCGGUGCAAGCACGAAUUACCGAGUGGCUACGACAAAUUACUGAGUUUGUAGCUCUUUCAACACCUCUUGUUUCCACUUUGAAACCGAAAUUAUGGACCCUUAAUGGACUACCUAAAAAGGUACACUGUUUGAAUAAUGAGAAUGACAGUUUCCCUUGGUUAUCUUUACUUGCACAAUGUUGGCAAAAGCUAUUAGCUUUAAGUAUGGUUGAACAUUCUCUAGAUGUUGUUGUUGUUGAAGAUCAUUCACUUUAUGAAGAGGACAGAAAACAUCAAGAACCUGUUCAAUUAGAAAUCCCUUGGUCUCUACUUCCAGAUGUUCAGAAAGAGGGGCUAGGUAAAAACAAACGUCCAGAUAGAAAAUUUGCAAAUGAACUCCUUCAAUUUUUAUCAGAAAUACGUCAAGCCGGUCUAAGUUCUCAGGAAUUUUAUUUAUUACGACAUGUAAUUCUUUUAACAGUUGAUGAACCUGAUACUUUACCAACAUUGGGUUUGAAUGUUAUUCGAGCUUCACGAUGUAUGGAUAAUCCUAAAAUUGACCAAUCAAAUGCUGUUGCCAAUUUACUAAAAGAUGGAACUCAGGUGUCUAAUCUAUCUCAAGACAGUGUCCCGCCAACUGUCACUUUUGAUUUGGCGUGCUUAGCCUGUGGACUCAAAGCACUUCGAGUAAUGUGUCCAUAUCGAAUAGCAAGUUUAUUUUGUGGUCAUCUACGAAAUAGUUCAAUUUUGAAUCAAGCUUUCAUUCUUGAAAUGCACAUGAAAUAUCUGUCAGCUCUUAAAGACUUACAAACACUGUCCGCGUCAACACAAAUCAUCUCUAAUAUUCCUGUGCAUAAUGGUAAUAGUAAUAAUAAUAACAAUAAUAAUAAUAACAGUACAAAUAAUAACAAUAGUAGUAAUAAUAAACACUCUCCAUUUGAGAAGAUGUCGGUAAAUAAGAAAAGUAUUUUAGAACAGCUGUUCGACAGUGUUUAAAAAUCAAAGCUGUAACAGUUUCUUCGCUAUUCACUCUGAUUAAUGGCAAACAUAUUAAUGUUUCUAUAAUAUAAAUAUCUUUAUGAAAUAAGAGUGAACAGCGAAAAAAAGAAGAAGAAACGGAAUGAUUUUUGAAUUUUCUCAACUUUAUCAUACAAUUUGUUUUAAGAUGAUGUUUUUCGUGUUUACUGAUAACUUUUCAAAUAGGGAAUGUUUAUUAUUAGGCCUGUUGUUAUUGUUCAUAAUAUUAUUGUUUUUUUAUUAGUAUUACUAAUACCACCGCUCCUACUAAUAUUACUACCGUCUUUAUUUACUAACGUAC